AUGGCCAACAGAUUAUGCCCACAACAGAAAUGUCAUGUUCCAGUUGGCAGGAACAUCUUCCUUCUGUAUCUCACAAUUUUCACAUUGUGUUUAAAUCCAACCUUAGCGGUACAUCGUUACGACCAGUCCUCGUCAUUGGAAUCCAGUAACCCCUAUUAUCGUACCUCAAGUUCCGGCGAGGUGGUUGGGUCCACCUCAAUGUCUGCCGAUGAUGCUUUCCCGCAUCACAAUCGUUGUGAACCCAUUACCAUAUCAAUUUGUAAAAAUAUCCCUUACAAUCGGACAAUAAUGCCUAACCUUAUUGGUCACACAAAACAAGAGGAAGCUGGUCUCGAAGUUACACAAUUUGUACCGCUCGUGAAAAUCGGUUGCAGUCCAGAUUUACAGUUAUUCCUUUGCUCUCUCUAUGUUCCGGUUUGUACGAUACUUGAUCAACCCAUCCCACCAUGUCGGUCGCUUUGUGAAUCAGCACGAAUGUGUGAAACAUUGAUGAGGAAUUAUAACUUCAAUUGGCCCGAGAAUUUGGAAUGUUCAAAAUUCCCAGAACAUGGUGGUGAAGCGCUAUGUGUAGCGGAAAAUUCUACGGCUUCGACUCCACCACCCACACGGAUUUCAAAAAAGGUUACAACGAGGAAAAAUUACGCGGGCAUGGAUAGUGCACAUCCACAUCGGGAUAUCGGGUUUGUCUGUCCCAUGCAAAUGCAAACGCCACCCGAUAUGGGCUAUUCGCUGAAAGUUGGAGGAAAG